AUGCCGGAUGCAAUUGCUGCAACAUCUCUUAUUGGGUAUAGGCCACUGAGAGGGGGAUUGUCUGUUAAGGAUGGUUCUUACAGGAGGAAAUCUUUGAGUAGUUGUCGGUUUCUGGUAAAAGAAUUUGUGGGUAAAAGGAUUGUUUAUUCUUCUCCUAUGUUGCCAAGAUUGAAAAUUGAAAGGUUAGUUAAUACCUCGAUUAAGGCUCUGGCAACAGAGCUUACGAAAGAGGCGUAUUCAUAUAGAGAGGAAGAGAGAAUACCACGGACUUGGAAUUACCGAGUUGAUACUGUUGUUGAUAGAAAACCAGGUUUGUGGCCACCGGAGAAUAGAGCAGAUAAUCCUUCUUUGCAUAACCCCUUGAUUCGACAGGAAAGGAUGGGUUGUGGUUGGUUGGGUGCUAUAUUUGAGUGGGAGGGUGUGAUAAUUGAGGACAAUCCUGAUCUUGAGAGGCAAGCUUGGCUUUCUCUUUCUCAAGAAGAAGGGAAACCUGCUCCUCCAGCUUUUGUUUUGAGAAAAGUAGAAGGGAUGAAGAACGAGCAAGCGAUCUCCGAAGUCUUGUGUUGGUCGAGAGACCCGGCCGAGAUGAAAAGAAUGGCGACAAGGAAAGAAGAAAUCUACCAAUCUCUGCAAGGUGGGAUAUAUAGAUUACGAACUGGUUCAAAGGAGUUUGUGAAUAUUUUGAUGCAUUACAAGAUACCAAUGGCAUUGGUUUCCACACGUCCAAGAAAGACUCUUGAGAAUGCAAUUGGAACCUUUGGGAUUGAAGGGUAUUUCACUGCUAUUGUAGCUGCAGAAGAUGUUCACAGGGGGAAGCCUGAUCCAGAGAUGUUUAUUUAUGCAGCCCAGCUUCUAAACUUUAUACCACAGCGCUGUAUUGUGUUUGGGAACUCUAAUCAGACCGUGGAGGCUGCCCAUGAUGCUUUUAUGAAGUGUGUAGCUAUUGCUAGCAAGCAUCCUACGUAUGAGCUUGGUGCUGCAGACUUGGUGGUGAGGAAACUAGAUGAACUUUCAAUUGUUGACCUGAAGAAUCUUGCUGAUAUUGAAUCGCCAGAAUUUGGGCCUCCUGAGCCAGAGAUGGAGGUGGAGGAGGAUAAUGAUCGAUCUACCUCAGUGGGAGUUGAUGAUAUUUUCUGGUAA